AUCACCAAUUGGAAUGUACAGUACCUAAGUGUUGGCAAGCCAUAGGUGGGGGAAAUGUCUGUACCAAGAUUCCAAAAAGUAAACUUUGGGACAUAUGAUAAUUAUAUUCCAGUCAGUGAAUUAAGCAAGAAAUCAUGGAAUCAACAACACUUUUCCCUGGCAUUUCCCAAACCACAGCGACCAGGAACAAAAAGAAGAUCAAAACCUUCCCAAUUGCGAAACCGUACAACUCCUGCAAUCGAUGAAGAAAAAUUAAGAGAUCACAAACGACCAUUGUGGAUGCAUCGUUCUUUAAUGAGAAUUUCUGAGAGACCAUCUGAGUAUUUAGCUGCUCGGAGGAAGCCUCCAGCCAAACCAACUCAUCCUGGCAAGGGUGCUGGGGAAAAACCAUCAUCCCCAGAACUAGGUAAGAAAGAAAAAGAUGACAAGAAAGCAGAGAAGGACAAAUCAGAGUCAGAAGCAGAAUUAAAAGGUAAGCCUGAUGCCGUGAAAGGAGACACAAAAAAACCCAAGAAAGGUGAAAAGGACAAAGAUUCAGAAGCAGAAUCUGAAGGGGAAAAGAAAGAUGACAAAAAGGGUAAAAAAGAUUCAAAGAAGGGCAAGAGUUCAGAUUCUGAAGGAGAAAAAGAAGGUCUAAAGAAAGAUACCAAAAAAAGCAAAAAGGACAAGGGUAAAGAUUCUGGCUCAGAGUCUGAAGGAGAAAAACCGGGUUCAAAGAAGGAUGACAAAAAAGGUAAAAAAGACACAAAGAAGGGUAAAGAUUCUGGCACAGAAUCAGAAGAAGAAAAGGGGGGACCAAAGAAAGAUGAUAAAAAGAGCAAGAAGGAAACAAAGAAAGGCAAAGAUUCUGGCUCAGAGUCUGAAGGAGAAAAACCGGGUUCAAAGAAGGAUGAUAAAAAAGGUAAAAAAGACACAAAGAAAGGCAAAGAUUCCAGUGCAGAGUCUGAAGGAGAAAAACCUGGUGCAAAGAAGGAUGACAAAAAAGGCAAAAAAGACUCAAAGAAGGGGAAAGACACACCUCCAGAUUCAGAAGCUGAAAAACCUGGUGGAAAGAAAGACAAGGAAGGAAAGAAAGGUGAUGAGGCAAAGGAUGCCAAGAAAGAUGCAAAGAAGAAGGACAGUAAAAAAGAUAAAAAAGAUGAAAAGAAGCCUGGCGAUGCAGAGGGUGGACCGAAGGAUGACAAAAAGGGUGCAAAGAAAGAUGCUGGUGACGCCAAGAAGGAUGCAAAGAAGGGGGGAAAGAAAGAGACGAAGAAGGGAAAAUAGAUCUUGGGGAUAAGAAUGCAAACAGAAAGAACAUCACAACAAAUAAAAGAAGUUGAGGGUUUGAAUCCUAAUCUGUAAGUGAAAAAGAAGGUUAGAAUAAUUAAGUUUUAAACGGGAGCAAAGAAGAAUACAAGGAGGACUCAGAUACAUAAAAUAUGAAAAAGAUGCUAACACAUGUUAAGGGGAACUUCAUUGAAAGACUUGGAGAACACAUAUGCUACCUUUGGGGCUGUAAAGGUUUCGAUAAAAAUUGCUAGAAGAGACCCAACUAAGAAUAAGCAACUUAAGUUGUAGAAACCAGUGAGAAUGAAUCUGUGGAUGCAAAUUUUUUUUAAAAUGGUAGUUAUUUUUUAAAUUCAAGAAUAAAUAAAUUGGAUCUAUGAGAUUUUAACAAAACCUCAAGCUACAGCUACAUAUUUCAAAUAAGAUCUAGUGGUGUCAUGACAAAUGAAACAAUUGCCAGAAAAGUAUAACAUUGAAGUAAAUAUGAAUUAAUGUUAUCUUUCCUCAACAAAAGAAAAGAGAAGCGUCACUACUUUCUUGUGAGUCUAUAUGUCAUUCCUGAAAUUUACACCAUCCCAACUACAUUCUUGGAUGUUCUACUUUCAUCCCAGAUGGAAACACUUGUAUAAUCUCUGGAUUCAAGAUGAAGAUGAUUGACACUGAAGGAAGGAGUCCCUAUUCCACAAACACUGGAACAAUUAAAACAGUCAGGUCUGGUGGUUUUGUCUAGUCAUGAAGCACUGGCUUCUGGGCUUUGCGCAUGAACAACCAAGGAUCAAAGGUUGUUGGAACUCACGGUCUACCAGGCAUCUUAAAAUUAAUAUUGUCUGAGCGGAGCCCUUGAUACCCCUCCACUGAAGUCUAUGCUUCCACAAGUCUUGAUCAAGGAAUAAAUGAAGAUGCGUGGGACGCUGCAGCACAUCGGAGGAGUGCAAAAUCACUCAGUGAUCUCUGACUUGUCCAUCGUGGAAGUUGCUUGCCAGCUCUAAUUUUGAAUUGAUCACAUUAAACAUCUGGAAAAGAUAUUAAAACAUCUACUUUCCAC